GUAGUUGCUCCAGAAGUGCAGUUUUGUGUACACACAAUUUGCAAGGGGAUCGUAGGCGGAAAAUUGGGGUAUAGUCUUUGAAGGAGGAGAGAUAACCUGGCGGGCGAUUCAAAUGAGGAGUAUACGGUCAUGCGUGUUAGCGUCAGAGGAAGAGAGAGCGCGUGAAGUCCAAAGAGCAACAGAGGCAGUUACAAAGUGACUGAGCAUAGUGAGACAGACCACAAAGCGCCAAGUUUUCGAUUGGAGUGCGCCGACGCGCUUUAUCCGUCUAUGAUUAGCCGUGUGUUGGCUCCCCUCCCACUAGCCGGCGACAGCGGGACAAUUCCACCAUUAAAAUACUUGCACCCAGUGAAGUAUGUCGAUUUUCAUGAAAAGGGAACACGUAGAAGCGAUUGCGUGUUGUCUUGUUCGGGAAUAUUUGUUUCGGAAGUCGCAAGAAAUUCAGGGAUUGCGAGAUGUUUUGCACGCACUGGAAGAAACAUUUCCGCGUACGCCUCAGUGUUUUCAGCAUAGGGAUCAGCUCAUUCGUGCAGUUAGCCUCGAAAAAGCUGCCAAAGAAAAUAAGGUGGCCGCCUCAUCGUACCGAUCUCUAAUUGAGAUCCUGGUUGCCGAUCGUUUAGAACGACGUCGACUGAAAAGCCUCGUUCGUGGAGACAAGGACCUUAAACAACUGGAAAAAGAUGAAGGAAAUUCAAUGAAAGCAACCGACGAUAAGCCUUUUGUAAUAGCUUCCGGCUCAGCCACUGGAACCGUUAAAGGAAGAUUGCAACUUGAUGACACUGUCCACUUGCUUCGAAGCCCUAGUCCCGAAAGGGAUCGAAUUAGUCCAGUCGGUAUACCUGCAAAAGCAACGACCUCAAUUCUAGCAUCUCAUACCGAUUCGCGACCUCUUCUUGGUAGACGAUCGGCCUUGCGCAGGGACUCACCAGCAAUUUACAAGAGCCCGCCCAAAGAGACGGAUCACGAAGGACUAACUUCUAGCGACGAGGAGGUAUCACCAACUAAGUGUCAGGAACGUGAACGGGAUCGACCUCGACCUCAAAGCGCCCGGGUCAGGUACAACGCACAGGAUGGUCAGACAGUAAAUACAAAAUCUGCGGCUGUCAUCAUCCGAGAUGGUGAUGUUGAUCUUGAGCGGCGGAAGUCAGCUUGGUCGCACUUGACGAAGUCGACGAAUUCACAUAUAUUGUCGUCCAAUAUUAACCCCAGUGGACCAGCUGUAGCUAGUAAUAGCCCCAUGGCUCCGCUAACGCCGGCUAUGGCGUCACUAAACGCCUAUGUAAUAACAGCGUCUGACUCUCCUAGUAGUCAAGAGACUAGCAACUCUCUACGCACAAGCCAGAUUACGUCCAGUGCCUCAGCGCUACUUGAGCGAACCGAUAAUAUUUUACGAAAGAAGGCCGCCCAGCGGCCCCCUUUGCGCGGGGAGGAUGUCACCUUGGAGGAUCUCACCGGGCAACAGGACGAUCACGGACCGGCACGGCCUGAGACUGGUCGGAUGUUUGCGCACAGGAAAAUCACUGUCAGUGAAAACGAGCAACUUCAAAGGCUUCUGUUUGGUGAUUCCUCUCGUACCUUCGGAGACGAGUGGCUUCGGCAGGGACUAGAGUUCUCCCGUGAGGAUAGUCAUGUGGCCUACGGUUUGAGGCAAAGCAAAGGAGGGCCGUGCGGGGUGCUCGCCGUAACCCAAGCUUAUAUCUUUAAACACUUGUUGUGGCCCGAAGGAAAAUCAGAGGUUGGUGACAUGUCAUCCAGGUUACAAGUAACUGAGUCGUCACGUCGAGGAGCUCUGCUACGAGCCAUCCACGAAAUACUGGUUCAAGCGGGUGGAAGUGAUGGACUCAAUUCAGUGAAGACUCAGAGCGGGGGCCCUUAUAAGUACGUUCUUGGCAAAGUGGCUGGGAAUUCACAACGGACGGCAUUUACCUCAUUAACGAUCUACAAUCUGCCAACUUCGGAACAGCUAAUGGGUUUCCUAACUCAACAUCAGGAAGAAAUUCUACGUGACGGUGUUGUUCAACUGCUUAUUUCGGUUCUUCUAUGCCGCGGUGUCGAUAACAUUCGCAAGGACAUGGAUUCUCCUGACCACGCACUCAUUGGACGUCAUAACCACACGACACAAGAAGUGGUCAACCUCAUGUUGACCGGACGGGCUGUCAGUAAUCUUUUUGAUGAUCGCCUUGAUGUUGAGGGAACUAUUUUGAAGGGAGUCCAACAACGCAGCACAUGUGGUCUUCUAUCACUUGUAGAAGCCUAUGGAAUAAUUGAGGUGGGUUCUUAUCUGAAGUGCCCCAUAUUCCCUAUUUGGGUACUGAUCUCGGAAAAUCACUAUUUUGUCCUAUUCGCGACCUCAGUCGCAGUCCUGGAUUGCCGGGUUCCUUUCGAGCUUCUUGUCUACGAUGGCCUAGCGAACUCAGAGAAUGCUACUGUAAUUAAAGUCGAUCCGAGUCGUACAAGGGAGGACGCAGCAGACGAAUCUAGUAAAAAUCCCGUUGAGCUUUGCAUAAGGACCAAGUGGAAAGGAGCUUUAGUGGAUAUUAUAGAAGAUUAGCCUCAUAAUGUUAUUCAACCACUCGUCUUUAAGAUUUAAAUCUACAAGAUUUCUAUUACGGCUUCAACUCUACGGCUUCAACUCUACGGCUUCAACUCUACGGCUUCAACUCUACGGCUUCAACUCAUCGUCAGCGAAAUGAAACAACCUGAUACAUAGUUUCCCAGGGUGGCAAAUACUGAACACUACAAUGCACCGCACUCUGUGCUAUAUUUUUGGGUAAAAAAAAACAAUGUAAAUCACCGUGUACUAAUGCGGAUGGAAGAAAUGUAUUCAGUACUAUUGUUGCUGGUCGUCAACGUCGGCCGAAAGAGCUAUCAAACAUUUGUUAAUUUAUGGAACGAGUUAAUCUGGAAUCUGCUUGGUAGUGGCAGCUACCAGUUAUUUGCGUACGCUAUUCUUCCUGAAGUCAGUCAGAGCUGACUAAUGAAAUCUGUAAGAUAAACACUGACCACGUGUUCGUCACUUAAUAACGGGAAAGUAUAUGUAAUAAAGUUAGCAGAUAUGAAAUGUUGGCUUAGACAAAUCCGUUUGCUUCAUCGAAUAAGUUUAAUUUAUAUUUUGAAGCAUGGCUAAAACGGACGAAGUGCAUUUACAAAUUAUGUAAGUACGUGUUUAAAACGUUGAAUGUGUAAUCCUGAGGUUGUUGCCGACAGGAAAUCUUCCUUCUGUCAUUACAAUAGAUAGAACAAGUAAAUGAUCAUUUCAUGGACUGUACCUAGAAAUACAUAAUUAAAAUGUGGUUAGCUUCGAGCUGAAAAUCUGAGCUCAAUCUGGAUUUCAAAAUAUAAUGAAGUGUGAGGAGAAGACUGGCGUAAACUCAAAAAUAGGUUUAUCACCUGUGACCACGAUACCCAAAUUCGAAUGUUUCUGACUAGUAGUCAGAUGACAAAUCUGAUUGAAAAAUCUUUUGAUAAGGCUUAACUAGACUUUUACGCAUCAGCCCUAUGACCGAUGAAUUCAAAUGACUAAGCAAUCUUGUCUAACUUGACGGCAUUGCUUUCAACAAUUAAAGCUCAGAAUUUUUGUACUGUUUCUGUAGCCUGUUCCGCCACAUCGAUUUAACGACGUUAAAAAAUGCCAUUUAGAUGUUGACCCAAGACACAUCACUGAAUGAGGUGACACACGCUGUCGGGUUCAAAAACAAUAAAAGCAUCUGUUUAGCGCUAAAAAUCUAUAUUAUGCUUUGAAAAAAAGUGCGUGAUUUAAUCGAAAUAUUAUAUGAAUAAUGGAAGAUUGAAUGUGAUGCUUUGUUGCUUCUGAUUUGCUAAAAUGAUUCUUAAAACAAAAACGCCCAUUGAAAAAUUUGCCUACUCAUUUCUGGCGCUCAUCAUGGUUUAUUAUUAAUAAACUUUGUAUCCGUUCGGAAAAUAACUGCUUGUUUAUGUAAGGGUUGAACGUGAUGCUUUGUUGCUUCUGA